AUGGAGUCGGUUCCAGUCACCAUGGAUAGUCCUAAUCACUAUGUUCGUGUCCGUCCUUUUGGUACCAGCAGAGAAGGGUGGCCUCCGGAGACGAUUAUCCCUAACACUCUGAAGUUGACGGGUGUUGCCCUCAGCAAUGUUGUGGGAUUCCACAACCAAACAGUCUCGUUUGGACUCGGUCUCAAUGUUUAUGUUGAACCAAGUGUAAAUCGCUUCUUUGAAGGUGUACAAUUGGCCUUGAACCCCUCUUUCAAGCCUACCAGUGUGUUCACCAGCCCAUAUCAGGCAGGAAGCUCAACAAUCUUCUUUGAUGUUGCUGGGAUUGACCAACUCGGUGACUGGGUGGUGUAUCCCAUCAAGUUCAAACGCCAAAUCGAGCUUGAUGGUACUGACUACUUCUACGUAACGUCACAUUUUGGGGACUACAAGAUGACUACCCCCCUGAAGUAUACCUUGAGAAUAUCACUAACGUUAUGGGUCCUGAGCCCUCGAUUCCACGGGAGUACUUCCAAACUACGCCGGUGCCGCAAAUCGGCAAUGACAUCGUGA